GGCGAGGAGAGACAGAGAGAGCGGCGCGCAGUCGGCAUGGAGCGGUGGAGCGGCAAGGUGGCAGUAGUGACAGGCGCCAGCGCCGGCAUCGGCGCAGUCAUCGCCAAGGAGCUGGCGAGGAGGGGCCUGCAGGUGGUGGGGGUGGCGCGCCGCGUCGAGCGCAUCAAGCUGUCGGCGCAGAACCUGCUGGGCGCCGCGGGCUCGCUGCACGCGCUGUCCGCCGACCUGACGCGCGAGGAGGACAUCCUGGCCGUGUUCUCGUGGGUCAGGCAGCGCCUGGGCGGCGUGGACCUGCUGGUCAACAACGCCGGCAUCAUCGACCACCAGGGCCUCACCGACGGCAGGACGGAGCGCUGGGCCGAGGCUCUGCAGCUGAACGUGCUGGCAGUGGCCAUCUGCUCGCGGGAGGCGCUCGCCUCCAUGAGGGAGCGCGGCGUGGACGGGCACAUCGUCAACAUCUGCAGUACGUCGGCGCACUUCAGUAGCAAGCUGCCGCUCCUGGAGAUGUACUCGGCCUCCAAGAGGGCGCUGACGGCCUUCAAGGAGGGCCUCCGCAAGGAGCUGGCGGCCGAGAACAGCAUGAUCAAGGUCACGAACAUCAGCCCCGGCCUGGUGCGCACGGAGAUGAUCCUGUCCCUGGAGGAGCGGCUGGGGGACGUGCUGCUCAAGGAGAACCCCCAGCUCACGCCCAAGGACAUCGCGGACACGCUCGUGUUCGUGCUGGGCCAGCCGCCCCACGUGCAGAUUGAUGAGAUAAUCAUCAGACCAGUUGGAGAGAAAGUAUGAAGAAACCAAGGACAGAACACCAAGACACUACAGUAUUGCUCAGCAGUAAAAAUAAAUGUAUUUCACUGUUUGAAAUAAGUGGAUAGUAAACAAAAUUCACAAAA